AUGACUGCCACAAGCCGUUGCUAUUUGAGCAAUCACGAGGUUCUUCGUGAGUAUUUUGCACCUGUUCAUCAUGAUGAUCCACCGCCACCACUUGUGGAGGAUGAUUUUUAUGACGAGGAUGAUGAUCCAAUGCCACUCCUUGAGGAUGAUUGUGAUUCUUCUGAGAGCGAUACAUAUUGGGAUGAUGAAAGUGUUGGUGACAUUACAGCCAUUGUCAAUGACUCUUAUGAGGAGGUCGAUGAUCUACCAUCACUACCACUUGUGGAAGAAGAGUUGAAUUUGUACGAUGAUCUACCACCUCUAGUGGAUGAUGACAAUGUUGAUUUGGCUGGUGACAUGAUUGUUCUGUCCUCACAUUGUAGUGAAUCUUGGAGACUUUUUCAUAGAGUCUGA